AGUAGCUGGAAGGACAAGAAGAUAGAACAUCAUGGCCCUACUCCUAUUUUUUUUUUUCUUAAAAGCAAAAGCAAGAAAGUUGAUUAGAAAAGCAAGCAGCAAAGGUGUUUAUUAUAAAAGCAAGAAACUCCCCCACCUUGUCAUCAAGAGGAUGAUGAUGAUGAUCAGAAGCCAAGAAAAUCUCAGAAAUAAGUCUAUUGGUAUCUCAGAUGAUCACAUUAUCCCUACUUCUACAUGUCCAACCUGGAAACUAUACGAAAACCCUUUCUAUAAUUCACAAAAUCCUCUUCAACAAUACACUCCUCUCCGAAUUCAGCACAACAACAAUAAUAAGCAAAUUCAUCGACUCAAUCUCCCAAUAUCUGCUAGGAAAAUUGCAGCAUCCUUUUGGGAUCUCACCUUUAUCAGGCCCUUUAUGGACUCUGAGCUGGAGAUUGCUCGAGCCCAAGUCGCUGAAUUGAAGGCAAAAGUAGAACAUGAGCGCAAGGCGCGUAAGAAGUUGGAGUGGAUGAAUAAGAAGAUUGCUAGAGAGCUCUCUGAAGAGAAAAAAGGGAGAGAAGCGUUGGAACGAGUAUGCGAAGAACUUGCCAAUCAUAUAUCGUCGGAUAAAGCAGAGAUGAAUCGGUUGAGAAAAGAUAUGGAAGAGGAGAGGAAAAUGAUGCGGGUGGCUGAGGUUAUGAGGGAGGAAAGAGUUCAAAUGAAGCUAACAGAGGCUAAAUAUUUAUUGGAAGACAAGUUGUUGGAAUUGGAAGCAACCAAGAAAAUGUUACAAACAGAGCAGAAGAUUGAAGAAAACAUCAACAACAACUAUAACGCUGAUGAAACAGGAACAAGUAGGCCUGAUCACAAGUCUAUUUGUGGUUCUAAUUUUCAUCAGUACCAAGUGACGAUUCAUCGAAGAAACCAUUCACAAGAAGCUGAAAAUCCACACAUCAAACGAGGGAUCAAAGGAUUUGUCGAAUUCCCAAAGGUUGUCAGAGCUAUUAGUUCCAAAAGCAGACAUUGGGGUACGAAGUUGGAGUGCCAAAAGGCUCAACUUAGGAUAUUACUGAAACAAAAGUGUCCUAUCCGAUCCAAUGUUCUUCUAACAACCUCAUAAUAAAGUUUUUAACUUUGGAUUGUUAUUCCAUAUGGUUCAUCCAAAGAUACUAUUACUCAUCCAAUUGAAUGGUAAUACCAUAAAGUUAGUUUGUAGUGCCAUUUUCUUUCUUUGUUUAAGCCUUGAUUGAAUUUUCUGUUAGGCCUAGAGAAUCUAUUUUGUUUUUGUGAGUUUUGUGAUAUUGUAAUUUGUAAAUGUAUAAUUUCUCUAGGUUGUUUUUUAUGAUCUAAUUCACUUGGAAAUGGUAUGAUUAUGGUUACAUGGA